CUUCACUAUCAGUUACACAGAGAAUGGAUGAUCAACAAGACAAAUUGCUGCCAAUAGCCAACGUGGGGAGAAUCAUGAAGAAGAUAUUACCACCGACCGCUAAAAUCUCGAAAGAAGGCAAGGAAAGAAUGCAAGAAUGCGCGUCGGAGUUCAUAAGCUUCGUCACCGGGGAAGCCUCCGACAAGUGCCACAAGGAGAACCGGAAGACAGUGAACGGCGACGACAUCUGCUGGGCUCUGAGCUCGAUAGGGUUCGACGUCUACGCCGAGGCCAUGACCAGAUAUCUUCAUAAGUUCCGGGAGUACGAGAGGCAAAGGGCAAAUAAUCAAACCAUGGGCGGCGGCGCGGCCAGCAACGACGAAGAUGGAUCCCCACCGGAUAACCAAACCGCCGGCGAAACAGCGUAUAUCUGAAAAAUUCUUUCUUUUUUUGGUUCUUCCUUUACUGUAAGUUAGGUUUGGGAUUUUCCUUUUAGAGUGUGAUUGAAAAUCGAAAAAUGAUUUCUGAAAAUUAUUUUUUGGAUUUUUAC